UUCAGUUCUGAUAGUGUGAAGAAACCGGAGCACCCGGAGAAAACCCAGGCGGUCACAGGGAGAGCGUACAAGCUCCUGACCACAGACAGCACCCGUAGUCAGGAUCGAACCUGGGUCCCUGACGUAGUGAGGCAGCAACUCCACUGCUGCGCCACCGUGCCGUUUCUUGUUGAGGAAAAUAACCAAGAUUUUUUUCUUUUUCCAGAUGCAACGGGCAGUGAACUUCUCUCCAGCUGAGUUCUCUCAGUCCUCUCUCAGCUUGGGAAGCCAAAUGACAAAUCAAGAGGAAGAUGGAAGACGUUGAUGUUGGCCAAGUCUCGAAGAGGAACUCGACCGCUAACACGUCCCUUCAAAAUGAGGAGAACCCAAACCAGGUGCUGGUCACAUCGCUGUUGGGGGCCACUCUGGGCACCAUGUGCAUCUUUGGUAUCGUGGGCAACAUCUACACUCUGGUGGUCACCGCCCGGUCGAUGAGGUCUACCAGCUCCAUGUGUGUCUACAUCUCCAACCUGGCCCUGGCCGACCUGCUCUACCUGUGUACCAUACCCUUCGUGGUCUGCACCUACUUUGCCAAGGACUGGUACUUCGAGGAGGUGGGCUGCAGGCUCCUCUUCAGCCUGGACCUGCUGACCAUGCACGCCAGCAUCUUCAUCCUCACUGUGAUGAGCGUGGAGCGGUACCGAGCCGUGGCCUCGCCCCUGGACCCCGGGCGUUCGAAAAGCUGCAGGAAGGCAGUCGCCGCCCUCGUUUGGCUACUGUCCUGCCUUCUCAGCUUGCCCAUGAUGAUCACCAUACAUCUACGAGAAAGCCCGGACCCAGCCGGGAUCCCGAAGAGGAUCUGCUACACGUCUUGGAAACACGACUCCUACAAGGUCUACCUCACCAUUUUAUUCAACACCAGCAUCUUGGCCCCAGGCCUGAUCAUCGGGUAUCUGUACGCGCGGCUGGGGCGCGUCUACUGGUUCUCCGGGAGGUUGAAUCUCGAGAGGAGGAACGUCAACUUGAAGCAGAAGGUCUUGUACAUGAUCUUCAGCAUCAUCCUGGCUUACUGGGCCUGCUUUGUGCCGUUCUGGUCGUGGCAGUUGGCUAAGCUGUAUCACCGGGGCCCGCUGGGAUUGUCGCCGGCCGCCCACACCUACAUCAACUUCUUUGUGACCUGCCUAACCUACAGCAACAGCUGCAUCAAUCCCUUCCUCUACACCCUGCUCUCCAAGAACUACAAGGAGUCGGCGGCCCGGCGCAGGAGGGGCUCGGCAGGGCGGGUCAUCUUCCGCAGGGCCCCCCGAGGGGGUCCAGGGACCCAGCGCUCAGCUGCACCAAGGGGGGUCGCCCUCGAAGCAAGAGAGGACGGUGCUCCUUGAUGGGGUCCGUCACCAACCUCAAUGGUCCUUCAGUACUGGAUUGGGAGAAGUCAGGAGAAUGGGGUUGAGAGGGGAAGUUAAUUCAGCCAUGAUUGAAUGGCGGAGUAGACUCGAUGGGCUGAAUGGCCAAAUUCUGCUCCUAUGACAUGAACUUAUGAAAACUUGGUUAGAGCACCAUGUUGCUACAUAUAAUUUUGGUUCCCACCGUUAUAAAAGGAGGUGCACAAUUAGAGGGGGAGGGCAGUGGUCGGGUGCCUAUUUGCAUACAUUGGGUAUACAAGCAAAGAAUUUAAUUGUGCCUUGUCACAUGUGACAAUAAAAUAUUCCAUUCCACUCUAUGCUGACCCCUCUUAUUCUCCCCGCAUUUUAAAUCAAUUUUCCUCACAUUCCACCUCUCAUCAGGAUAUCAUGCAUGCAUCAAAGUGAAUAUUUUGACCCCAGAGUUUUGAAACUUUGGGCAGCUCGGUGGUACAGCGGUAGAGUUGCAGCCUCAAAGCGCCAGGGUCGCGGGUUCGAUCCUGAACCUCGGCUGCUUGCCGUACGGAUCUCCCCGUGACGUGCGUGGGUUUUCUCCGGGAGCCCCGGUUUCCUCCCUCACUCCAAAGCCGAGCAGGUUUGUAGGUUAAUUGGCUUGGUGUAAAUGUAAAUUGGUCCCAGUGUGUGUAGGGUAGUGUCAGCGUGCGGGGAUCACUGGUCAGUGCUGUGUUCGAUAAAUCACUGGAUUCGUACAACAGAGUUUGAUUCAUUAGUAUUUUAUUACACUAAGGCACAUAACUCAUGUAUCCCGAGUACACAGCAGAACAUGCCACGGGAUGUUUCUGUUCUCGAUCUCCGCUGGACAUUAAAGUUGCACAUUAAUAAAUUCAACUAAUUAGAAAAUGUGAGAUCAAAAAAGUAAGCUCCAUCUAUUGUUCAAUG